AUGUUCGCGCUGCUGCUGCUGCGGGCGGCGCGGGGCCGCCGGGGACAGCUCCUCCCCGGCGCCUGCUGCCGCCGCUGCUCCUCGGCGGUGCUCCCCAACGAGAGGAUCCGCAACAUCGGCAUCUCGGCGCACAUCGACUCCGGCAAAACCACGCUCACUGAACGCAUCCUCUUCUACACCGGCAGGAUCGCCCAGAUGCACGAGGUGAAAGGUAAAGAUGGAGUUGGAGCCAUCAUGGACUCCAUGGAACUGGAGCGGCAGCGCGGCAUCACCAUCCAGUCUGCAGCCACGUAUACCAUGUGGAAGGACACCAACAUCAACAUCAUCGACACGCCAGGACAUGUGGACUUCACGAUUGAAGUGGAAAGAUCCUUGCGGGUUCUUGAUGGUGCCGUUCUGGUGCUCUGUGCUGUUGGAGGAGUACAGUGCCAGACAAUAACGGUGAACAGGCAAAUGAAGCGCUACAGCGUGCCCUUCGUGACUUUCAUCAAUAAGCUGGACAGGCUGGGCUCUAGUCCAAACAGAGCAGUGCAGCAGUUGAGAUCCAAGUUAAAUCACAAUGCGGCUUUUGUUCAGAUUCCAAUUGGGCUGGAGGGGAACUUUAAAGGAAUUAUAGAUCUUAUUGAAGAAAGAGCCAUAUAUUUUGAUGGUGCACUUGGGCAGACUGUUCGAUACGAUGAAAUCCCAGCUGAAUUCAGGGCAGAGGCUGCAGAAAGACGACGGGAGUUGAUUGAAUGUGUGGCAAACUCAGACGAUCAGCUUGGGGAGCUCUUUUUGGAAGAAAAGAUUCCUACAGCUGCUGAUUUAAAGCUUGCAAUCAGAAGAGCAACACUGAAAAGGUCCUUCACCCCUGUGCUUGUGGGAAGUGCUCUGAAGAACAAGGGAGUGCAACCACUGCUGGAUGCUGUCCUAGAAUACCUGCCAAAUCCCUCGGAAGUUGAGAACUACGCUAUUCUUAACAAGGAGGAUUCUGAAGACAAAACCAAGUUCCUAUUGAACUCUGCUCGAGACAAUUCCAAACCUUUUAUAGGCCUUGCUUUUAAGCUGGAGGCAGGCCGUUUUGGGCAGUUAACUUAUGUUCGAGUUUACCAGGGAAUGCUGAAGAAAACGGACUAUAUUUAUAACACUAGAACAGGGAAGAGAGUGCGUGUGCAAAGGCUCGUGCGUAUGCAUUCCGACAACAUGGAGGAUGUAAAUGAAGCUUAUGCAGGAGACAUAUGUGCACUGUUUGGAAUUGAUUGUGCUAGCGGGGACACGUUCACUGAUAAAACUAGCACUGACAUUUCCAUGGAAUCAAUUCAUGUCCCUGAUCCUGUUGUUUCAGUGGCCAUCAAGCCUUCCAACAAGAAUGACUUUGAUAAAUUUUCGAAAGGCCUGAACCGCUUUACAAGAGAAGAUCCCACCUUUAGAGUCCAUUUUGAUGAUGAGAGCAAAGAGACCAUUGUUUCUGGAAUGGGAGAACUGCACCUGGAAAUCUAUGCUCAGCGAAUGGAAAGAGAAUAUGGUUGUCCUUGCACUGUGGGAAAGCCAAAAGUCGCCUUUAGAGAGAACAUCUCUGCACCUGUGGAGUUUGAAUUUACGCACAAGAAACAGAGCGGUGGGGCAGGCCAAUAUGGCAAAGUCAUCGGGGUGCUUGAGCCUCUGGAUCCAGAGGACUACACAAAGCUGGAAUUCGAGGACAGAACCAUUGGCACAAAUAUCCCCAAACAGUUUGUGCCUGCUGUUGAGAAGGGAUUCCGAGAUGCCUGUGAAAAAGGUCCAGUGUCGGGGUACAGGAUAUCUGGAGUCCGGUUUGUCCUGGAAGAUGGUGCCCAUCACAUGGUGGAUUCUAAUGAAAUCUCCUUCAUCAGAGCAGGAGAAGGAGCUCUAAAGCAAGCUAUGGAAAAUGCUUCUGUGCGUAUUCUUGAACCCGUUAUGGCAGUGGAGGUGAUGGCACCCACUGAGUUUCAGGGAGCGGUAAUAGCCGGCAUUAACCGCCGCCACGGAGUGAUCACAGGACAAGAUGGCACCGAGGAUUACUUCACUCUCUAUGCUGAGGUGCCACUGAAUGAUAUGUUUGGAUACGCCACCGAGCUGAGGUCUUGUACUGAGGGAAAAGGUGAAUAUACCAUGGAAUACUGUAAAUACCACCCAUGUUUGCCCAGUACCCAGGAAGAAAUAAUAAAUAAACACCUUGAGGCCACGGGGCGACUUCCCGCGAAAAAGGGCAAAGCCAAGAGCUGACUUCCUUCUUCUGGAGCACAUGGAACAGUUUAUUGCAAUUUUCUGUGAGAACUCAGUUGCUCAAGUGAUAGAAGAGACUGAGGGUGGAUGGAUAAAUACAGACUGCAGUGGGACUUCAUUACAUCCUAGUGCCCUUCUUUUACGGUAUUCUCAGAAGUCACCAGGAGAUUACAGCUGAAUUGUUCACUUGUAGAUGCCACUCAUUAACAAAAUACAUAAAUAUGAUAACAUUGACAAUAAUUUGUCUUGAACUUUGUCUCGACGGUUUGUAUUAAAAUAGUUUUAUUUUUUUACUUGAUAAAAUAUUGUUGUGCAACUAGGCUAGUCACUGUUUCUCUACUUUUGAAAAACUAAAAAUCCUAACAUUUAGGAGGCUAGAUGUUAGCUGCCAAUAUGGUGAAUAUUUUUCAUUUAAGUGUUCCAAAAAGAUCCUUUGGUGUUGCAGUUCACUGCAGCAUACAGUCUAGGAAAAAAAUAUGCUAAUAUUUUCUUCUCAUGUCAUAGAGAAAAGAUAGCACUUUUCUCAUCUCAUAGAGGAAAGAUAGUACUUUUUAAUGUUACUACUAAAAGAUCCACUGUGCAUUUUCCUUGUGUGCCCUUUCUUCUUGACUUUCUCUGCUUGCAGCAUUUUUGCAGACUUCCAGUAAACAGGGAAUGAAGUUCCAGUUCAAAACCAACUGCAUUCCUGGCACAGGAUUGUGCUUGAUGUUUACCAGACACAGAACUAUAAUGGCUGGGCUUUUUUUUUGGCUCAGUCCUCACAGAAAGGCAGUGAAAAUUACACAUUUUAAGCUUAAAGUAAGUACAGUGUCAGAGAUUUGUCAGGGGCAUGUAGAUACUAACUAAACACGGGCAUAUGUUUGUGUAUGAAUACGAUGUUGCUUGGGGCCAAAUCCUUCUUGUUUCCCUUACAUCUGUAGCAUUAUUUUGUGAAAAAAAAAUGCAUCUGGAACUAAUUUUAAGGAAAACCCUACAGGUUCUCUGUCGUUUAGGGAUUUUCUUAAGCAAACAAACAUUCCUCUACCUUUGCCAAAAUUCGGAGAAGACUUAUAAAAGCAGUAUGAAUGCAAUUACAAAGAAAAAAAAUAGAGCAGUUAUUUUGGUUGUAUUUUUGGCUUUUAUGUUUUGCUUAUUAGAGGUCAGUCAUGAUGUGAAGCCUUGGCUCUGGUUCUGCCAGAUGUGUGUUGCUGCUGCUUGAAUCUAACGGAGACAAUGAGACCGCGCUCGGGGCAGUGCAGCGCAGGGGCGGCUGCACCACAGUGGGGUCUGCUCUACGUAAUGACCAGAGCUCUCUUCUCUCGUGGGUAUAAAAUAAUGUUUACCUUUAUUAACAAUUUAACAAUGGCAACUGAAUUUUGCCUCAGUAAAAACUGCAUAGAUAAUUUCAGGUUUUGUUCUACUGACUGAAAUCUUGGCCCUAAAGACUUUGAUGGAAACUUGGCCAUUCAAUUCCAACCAACUGGGACUUUUCCAGAAGUUAGGAUUGUGCAGUUUCUUAAAUGAGAUAGAACUUGUGCUGCUUACUCGAGGUCAAAGUUGCACUGGUUUGUCAAGCUGGAAACAAACGAUUCUCUGUUCUGG